CCUCUCAAACCUCACCGUCUAACUGCCUUCCCAAAUAAAAAUAUCUAAUCUGUCAUUUUGUGUAUCUUUCUCUGUCAUAUAUCACUAGCCCUUUGUAUUGAUUCUUCCCCCACCCCAUGCACACACCUCACACCACCACCACCACCAAGAUCUUUCUUCUCUGCAUACCUUCAUCUCUUAAGUAAAAAUGGAGCUCAGGUAACCAAUACUCUCUCUCCUCACCCCCACCCUCUCACCCUCUCUCUCUCUCUCUCUCUCUCUCUCUCUCUCAAACAAAUCAAUUUUAACAUAAUCCCUAUUCACAAUAAUAUCCAAUCCCAACUAGUUCUUAUUCACUCCCUCCCUUGUCCUUUUUUUUUGUGACUAAUUAGAUGCCUUUUGGCUUUUCCGUUUCCUCUCUAUCUUGCUGGAAUCCUUCCAACAUUUGAACUCCUAUAUAUAAAAUAACCUAAAAUCCCCUUCUUACCGUCAGAAUACCCCAACUAUGGCAAGAAUACACUACCACCACCACCACCACCUCUGCCGCUUCUCCUCGACCUGAAAAAAUUGAAGUUACUCAAGAUCGGUUUGUGAUUAGCUCGAUCGAAGCUCAUUCGAGAUGCAUUCGUCUCAUAAACGAAACAAAGCUCGAGCAUAUAUACUUUUAAAGCAGCUCGAUUAGAACUCGUUCGUGAUCGAUUCGUCUCAUAAACAAACCAAAGCUCGAAUACAAUUUUGGAAGCAGCUUCCAAACCAAGCUUGAACAAUCAACAUCAACUGUUGUUGCGCUGGUUCGGCACCUCCUAAAACUCUCUUCUUACCCUCAUAAAACCCAACUAUGGCGAGAAUACACUACCACCAAAACCUCCACCGCCUCCUACUCGACGCCUCCUCCUCCGCCGCCGCGCCGCCGUCGGCGACCGGAAAACCUACAAACUCCUACGUCGCGGACGCCAACUUCGACAGCAACAUGGUGAUCAUCUUAGCGGCUCUCCUCUGCGCGUUGAUCUGCGCCCUGGGUCUAAACUCGAUCGUGCGCUGUGCGUUGCGGUGCGGGCGGAGGUUCAGCUUCGACGAGGACCCGGGGCGGGCGGGGUCGAGGUUGGCGGCGACGGGGCUGAAGAAGGAGGCGCUGAGACAGAUACCGGUGGCAGCGUACGAGGCCGGGAUGGGGAUGCCGGCGACGGAGUGCCCGAUUUGCCUGGGGGAGUUCGCGGAAGGGGAGAAGGUGAGGGUGUUGCCCAAGUGUAGGCAUGGGUUCCAUGUCAAGUGUAUAGAUACGUGGUUGGAUUCGCACUCGUCGUGCCCGAUUUGCAGGCAGUUGUUGUUGUUUGAAGGUGCUGGCAGUUGUGCUAGUGUAGAGGAUGGGCAGGUUAGAAUUUAGUGGACGAAAUCAAAAUGGGUUGUUUUUACAAGGAACUCUCUCUCUCUCCUCUGGCUAAAGAUUAAUACUGUGUUUGGAUGAGUUUUUGAGAAUUUUUUGAGAAUUUUUUUAAGAAAUUGAAUUUUACACUCCCUUUUUUGAC